GGCUCUUCCUAUAAAUCAUAAAAUCCCAUCAUCUUCCUGCAUCUCUUCACUUGAGAAAUUGAAACACUGAAACGCCCACCCAAAUCAUGGACACUGUCAAGUCCUUCAAGGGAUACGGCAAGGUCGACGAGCAUGAAGAUCUCGAAUUCCGCCGCAAGACCCGCAAGCGUCUCAUCAUCAUUUCCGUAUCGGUGAUCCUCCUUCUCACCAUCAUCGUCGGUGCUGUCGUCGGCACAGUCAUACACAAAAGCAAAAACGACGACGACGGCCAGAACGAGCAGACUCCCUCGUCCUCCGAAACCUCCGUGGCUCAGUCUAUCAAGGCCGUCUGCAGCGUCACCCAGUACCCCAAUUCCUGCUUCUCAAGCCUUUCUUCACUGGCCGCCCAGAAAACCACAGAUCCAGAAGAGCUCUUCAAGCUCUCCCUACAAGUCGCCCUUACCGAGCUCUCAAAGCUCGCUUCUUUACCCACGAAGCUUAUCCCCAAGGUCAACGGCGAUCCUCUUCUCGUAUUAACGCUGCGUGAUUGCCAAACCCAGUUUGAAGACGCCAUAGAUCAACUCAACAUGUCUAUCUCGUCCAUGCAAGUGAGCCAGGGUGAGAAGUUGUUAUCAGCUUCCAAGAUCAGCGACCUCAGGACAUGGCUCAGCGCGGCAAUCACGAACGAGCAGUCCUGCUUAGACGGGCUACAAGAGUUGAACAGCACCACCGCUGCAAACGUGCUUGAAGAGUUGAGGGUAGCAAUGAAGAACUCAACCGAGUUUACAAGUAAUAGCUUAGCCAUCGUGUCCAAGAUACUGACCCUUCUCGAGAACCUCGAUAUUCCAAUCCAUCGGAAGCUAUUGGAUGUGGGGUCUGAUUCUGAUGAGUUUCCGGCGUGGAUGCACCCUGAUGACCGGAGACUGCUGCAGGAGACGGGAGUGACGCCGGAUGUGGUGGUGGCCAAAGACGGGAGUGGCAAGUACAAAACAAUCGAGGAGGCGGUGGUGGUUGUGCCCAAGAAGAGUGUGAAAAGAUUCGUGAUAUACGUUAAGGCGGGUAUGUACGUGGAGAAUGUGGUGGUGGAUAAAUCGAAGUGGAACGUUAUGAUGUACGGUGAUGGAAUAGGUAAGACGAUCGUGUCCGGACGAUCGAAUGUUAAAGAUGGGACCCCCACCUUCUCAACCGCCACAUUCGCUGUUGCUGGAAAGGGGUUCAUUGCUAAGGAUAUGAGCUUCAUCAACACGGCGGGACCGGAGAAGCAUCAGGCUGUGGCCUUACGAUCCGGAUCAGACUUGUCCGUAUUCUACCGAUGCUCCUUUGAUGGCUAUCAGGACACGCUAUACGCCCACUCCAACCGUCAAUUCUACCGGGAAUGCGAUAUCACCGGGACCAUUGAUUUCAUAUUUGGGAACGCAGCAGUGGUUUUCCAGAAUUGCAAUAUCAGACCCAGACAGCCCAUGUCCAACCAGUUCAACACCAUCACAGCACAAGGAAAGACGGAUGCCAAUCAGAACUCUGGGAUCUCCAUCCAGAAAUGCCAACUCGUGUCGGCAGGUGCUAAUUUAACGGCCAAAACCUAUCUUGGUAGGCCCUGGAAGCCAUAUUCAACCACAGUCAUCAUGCAAUCGACCAUUGGUGGGUUUCUGGAUCCCGCAGGAUGGAUUUCCUGGGUGUCCAACGUGGAUCCACCUACCACAAUAUACUACGCGGAGUAUAUGAAUACUGGCCCUGGCGCUACUACUGACAAUCGAGUGAAAUGGGCUGGCUAUAAGCCCACUAUAUCUGCCACUGAGGCUGCGAAAUUCACGGUGGAUUCUUUUAUUCAAGGGAGCCAGUGGUUGCCGGAAACUAAGGUGACAUAUGGUGCAACCUUAUGAGGACCGGACCGGACCGGGCCGGGCCGGUAUUUAUUGUUUGUUUAGGCCGUUUGUUUUUGUCUUUUCUUCACAACAUUGAUUCUAGCUUAUACUUGGUAAUUGAUAUACAGAGAAGUGUACCUUUUCUAUAGUCUGAUCUGAUCAGAAAAAAAAAAGCAAAAAACUUAUAACCCUUGUAAUAUUCUCAUCAUGCACUAUGUUGAAAACAAAAAUCAUGUAAUAAAUAUAUGAGCAUUUGAAAUA